CAUUUUACUUCUAGUUCCUAAUUGUGCAAUAGAAGCUGUAGUAUUCUUGCAGUCUGGGUUUGCUAUGCUAUCUACUUGGACAGCAGACUCACUCACAGUAGCCGUUCUCAGAAGACAAGUGUUUGCUAUCCAAAAACCAAAUCAAACCAUAUUCUGCAAAACGAAAAUCAAUUACUUGUGUGUUGUGUAGUAAAGUUAUGAGUAGAUUAGUACUGGGGAUGCCCGGGGCAUGGGCCGAUGAUAAUCGGGAACCCUCUGAUUGUUACACUAGUAAAAUUGGCGGUCUUCCUGACUGGCCUUUUUCUCAAGAAUCGUUAACUCCUAGUAAUCUGCUUAAUUGCAGUGUCUGUGGAGCCAAGCUUUGUCUUGUUGCUCAAGUCUACGCUCCAAUUUCAAGUUCAAGCUUCAAGGCUGAUGAUCGUCUUCUUUUGGUUUUUGGUUGUUUAUUGCCUGAAUGUGGGUCUAAUGCUGUUAGCUGGCGCGCUCUUCGCCUUCAGAGAUUGGAUGAUGAAAGAAAGCCCUCUACAAGUUUUGAAGAAGCAGUUGCUGUGACUACUACACCUGUUUCAGUUUCAAAAACCAACUGGCUUGAGUGUUUGGAUGAUGAUGAAAGUGACAAGGACUUGGAUCUUGAUGCUUUGGGUAAAGCACUUUCGGAAGCUGGAAGCUUGGCUUCUCAUUCCAAGAAACCACAAAAGACUGACCAAUAUGAGUCUCUUGUCAACUCUCCCCCUAUGAUCACAAGGACAAGAAUGGUUGACAUGGAUUCGCCGGUGGUUCCUUGUUUUUACAUUUAUACUCAGAAAGAGCCUCCCUCAGGGAAUGUUACUUCUAUUUGCUCCAACUACUCCACGCUUUCCAUUAAGGACAAACAAAGUGAUGAUGGUGAUCAAGAACAAGAAGAAGUAUGGGGGGAGGAAGCUUAUGAAUAUGAUAAAGCUUUAACUGCUGACAGGACAUACCUCAAAUUUAAAAAGAAGUUGGAUGCCAACCCUGAGCAAUGCUUCCGGUACUUGUUUGGUGGAAGGCCUCUUCUAGCAAAACCAGAGGUGGAAGACCCUGGGACAUGCAAGCUUUGUGGUGGCCCAAGGCACUAUGAGAUGCAGUUGAUGCCCCCAUUAAUAUAUUUUCUGCAGGACGUUGCUGCUGAUUCUCAAAAACAUGCACUAGAGAAUUGGAACUGGAUGACACUUAUUGUUUUCACCUGCUCCAAGAGUUGUUCCAAUCCAUCUAAUCAAGCAAAAAAUGAGACCGGGGGCUGGAUUGUGGUGGAGGAGGCUGUUGUGGUACAAUUAGAGACACCCCUGCAUGAGUCAGUUCAUCUUGGGUAUUUCUCCUGAUAUGGUAACAAUUACUUUCUGAGAAGAAGCAAUCACACAAGUGUUCCCUCGACUUGUUUUUUUGUACACACACAUUUUAGAUUAUGGGCUACGUACCGGAACUGAUAACAUUCGAGAUUCCAUGAUUAUAAGUUCAUUCCAUACCGGACCAGACCGGAAUAGGCUUAUAUACAUUCUCAUUAUGAGAAAGAAGGGGUUAUUCGAGCGUAUCUAAAUAGAUACUAUAUUUACAUAUGGAUCUCUCCGUCGUUACAUUCUUAGGAAUAGGCGUAAUCGGCCCCGUUUUUACAUAUAUAUCUCUCCUUAUUUUGGACCCUCUUCUA